CGGUCGUAAGCCGGACGUUCGUCACCGCUUGGCGACGGUAGCCAUUUUGGCGACAGGAGUGCAGAAGAAGAAGGAAGCUGCGUGUUUGUAGUCCAAAGGCUGAUUUUCCACAGAAUAAACCGGCAACAUGGCUAUGCAAGCAGCAAAACGCGCUAAUAUACGACUACCUCCAGAGGUGAACAGAAUCCUCUACGUCAGGAAUCUUCCCUACAAGAUCACAGCUGAGGAAAUGUACGAUAUCUUUGGGAAAUACGGACCAAUACGUCAAAUCAGAACAGGGAACACACCUGAAACCAGAGGAACAGCCUACGUGGUGUAUGAAGACAUCUUUGAUGCCAAGAACGCCUGUGACCACCUGUCAGGCUUCAACGUCUGCAACCGCUACCUGGUGGUCCUCUACUACAACGCCAACAGAGCUUUCCAGAAAAUGGACACAAAGAAGAAAGAGGAGCAGCUGAAGCUCCUAAAAGAGAAAUAUGGCAUCAACACAGACCCUCCCAAGUAGACGCCCUGGAACCUCCUCCUUCCACUUUCAAACCAUGUCGAGAACUUUUCUUUAUCUGUACAAACGUCACAUGUUGCUCGGUUUAAGCUGGUGAUGAUCUGCUGAUUCAAUUAGUGACAAUAUUUUUUUUUUUUAAAUCACUUUGUUGUGUUUGAUUUUUCUUUUUAUUGUCAGACUUCCAUUCACAGAUCUGUACUGUGGUGGGUCUGGCAGGAUUUUUUUUGAGCUGUUUUUUAAAAUUCUCUUGUCAGUUUGAUUUUCAGGACUUCAAAUAUCUGAGGUGUUAUUGUCAUAAAGUCAUUGUACAGCAUGUAGAAUGACGACAUGAUUGUAGUUUUCACCCUCGUCAACAUAUUAAAAGCUGACACUUCAGAUUUCUUAACUGCUUUUAUUUUUAAUUUAUAGCUUUCCCUCAUCUUCAGCGUUUGAGUUGAGCCCGAAUGACCCGAACCAACAAUGUAAAGGAUCUAAGUUGUGUAAAAUAAAUGUUCUUUUUCUUAAAA